AUGCAAGUGGAUUCAAAGGAGCGCCUCACAAGCUACAGGAGUUCCACACAAGAUAUCCAAAAGCAGUUGGGCCUCCCAAGAAUCUGGCCUACUGGCUUGAGUGCUACGAAAAAGGAGCAGAACCCGAAAAACGACAAGACGACGACUACAGACUUAUGCGCUCGGGACGAGCUUCUUCGGAGGGGGGGGUGCUUGUUGUUCAAUGAGAAGCUGACUCCACAAGAUUCUCUCGACACCAAGCUUCGUUCAAUUGUCAUGUUUGACGAAUCCACUAUGAGAAGCAUAGCACCACACGACGAUGAUGAAAGAACAGACAACAAGUUUGUCCAGAUCUUCAUCAGACCGGCCCUUUUGAAACGCGGAGAUACCGAUGGAGAGAAGUUCGGCGUCUUCUCUUGCAUCGAUGCAAGCGUGGUCAUGUGGGGUGAACUUCCAAUACACCAUGCUUCACCACAACAAAGUCCUUCAAACCCCAAGAAGCCAUCGCUGUCACCUCGUAGCAUGUCUGAGAUUGCUGCUUCACCACAACAAAGUCCUCCAAACCCCAAGAAGCCAUCGCUGUCACCUCGUAGCAUAUCUGAGAUUGCUAGACCGGGGAGUAGUAGAGACCAGGGCCACGAAGACGUUGAGAUGCAUGAUCCAGAGCCCCGUUAUACAAGCAGAAAAUGA